CUGUCGUAAAACAAAACUAUCAUUGUAAAAUAUUUUCAAAAUUAUGCAAAAUAAACACUCCUAAGGAGGCUACGUAAGCUUCGCAAAAGGAGUCUAUAUAAAACAACAAAAAAUAAAAAUAAAAAACAAUAAAAAAUGGCUUUCGGAUCAUACGACGACGACGAUUCUAAGAGGAAGAGGAGGUACGUUGUUAUCUCCAUCUCCUCCGUUCUUCUUGUUUCUAUGGUUGUCGCCGUUACCAUCGGCGUUAGCGUCAAUAACGAUAGCGGAACUAAAGAAGAGAUCACGGCUUCCGUUAAAGCCAUCAAAGAUGUCUGCGCGCCAACCGAUUACAAGAAGACUUGUGAAGAUACUCUAAGGAAAGAUGCAAAGGACACAUCGGACCCGUUGGAGCUUGUGAGGACAGCGUUUAACGCAACGAUGAAACACAUAAGUAACGUGGCAAAGAAGUCACUUACUAUGAUUGAGCUACAAAAGGAUCCAAGGACGAAGAUGGCUUUGGAUCAAUGCACGGAGCUAAUGGAUUAUGCAAUCGGCGAGCUUAGUAAAUCUUUUGACGAGUUGGGAAGGUUCGAGCUGCACAAGGUUGACGACGCAUUGAUCAAGCUAAAGGUUUGGCUCAGCGCGACGAUUAGUCAUGAGCAAACUUGUCUCGAUGGGUUUCAAGGGACACAAGGAGAUGCCGGCGAGACGAUGAAGAAAGCAUUGAAAACUGCGGUCCAGUUAACACAUAACGGGCUUGCGAUGGUCAGCGAGAUGUUGAAUUACUUGGGACAAAUGGAUUUGCCGGAGAUGAAUAGUCGCCGGCUGCUGUCUCAAGAGUUUCCUUCGUGGGUGGAUGGGCGUGUGCGUAGGCUCUUGAACGCUCCAUUGUCCGAGGUCAAACCAGAUAUGGUCGUGGCUCAAGACGGAAGCGGUCAGUACAAGACGAUCAACGAGGCAUUGAAAAAUGUACCGAAGAAGAAUAAUGCGACCUUCGUGGUUCAUAUUAAGAGCGGAAUCUAUAAAGAAUUUGUUCAGGUGAAUCGGACCAUGCCUAAUCUGGUUUUUAUCGGUGAUGGCCCCGACAAAACCGUCAUUUCCGGCAACAAAAGUUUCAAGGACGGUAUUACCACGUACCGUACAGCUACCGUUGCAAUCGUAGGAGACAAUUUCAUUGCCAAGAACAUGGGAUUCGAGAACACAGCCGGGGCUUUAAACUAUCAAGCGGUUGCCGUUAGGGUUCUAUCAGACCAAUCCAUAUUCCACAACUGUAGGUUUGACGGUUACCAAGACACUCUCUACGCACAUUCGCACCGUCAGUUCUACCGGGACUGUACGAUAACAGGCACCAUAGAUUUCCUCUUUGGAGACGCAGCCGCCGUGUUCCAGAACUGUACAUUACUGGUGAGGAAGCCACUCGCGAACCAGGCAUGUCCUAUUACCGCCCACGGACGUAAAGAUCCGAGGGAGCCCACAGGGUUCGUGCUCCAAGGGUGUACUAUUGCUGGUGAAGCAGAUUACUUGGCGGUCAAGGAAACUAGCAAAGCUUAUCUCGGAAGACCGUGGAAAGAGUAUUCAAAAACUAUCAUCAUGGAGACGUUUAUACCGGACUUUAUCCCGGGUGAAGGAUGGUCGGCGUGGCAAGGAGAUUUUGGCCUCGCCACACUCUUUUAUUCGGAGGUGAGGAACACUGGACCGGGUGCAGGUGUGGCUAACCGGGUUACUUGGGCGGGAAUCAAGAAGUUGAGUGAAGAAGAGAUUGUUGAGUACACUCCAGCUAAGUAUAUACAAGGUGACGAAUGGAUUCCUGGUAAAGGUGUUCCUUACACACCCGGGUUUUUUGGUGGAAACGGUUCAGCAACUGGUGCCGGUUCCUCCAGUUCUACAACUACCGGUUCAAGCGAACCGGGCUCGACAAAUUCUACAGAACCCGGUUCCAGUUCGACCACAACAGGGUCAGAUUCUCCAGCGGCUUCCCCAGGAGCCUCGGCCGUCACUGAAACCAGUGGCUUAGGGUCACCUUCAGCUUCACCGUCAGCUACUCCUUUGGCUUCACCAUCAGCUUCUCCAUCAGCUUCUCCAUCAGCUACUCCUUCAGAUACUUCUUCAGGUUCUCCAUCAGCUUCAACGUCAGCUUCUCCAUCAGCUUCUCCAUCAGCCUCACCAUCAGCUACUCCUUCAGAUACUUCUUCAGGUUCUCCUUCGGCCUCACCAUCAGCUACUCCUUCAGAUACUUCUUCAGCUUCUCCUUCAGCCUCACCAUCAGCUGCUACUUCAGAGACUUCUUCAGGUUCUCCUUCAGCUUCACCAUCAGCUUCUCCAUCAACUACUUCUUCCGCUACUCCAUCAGCUUCUCCAUCGGCUACUCCUUCAGCUUCUUCAUCGGCCUCCCCUUCGGUUUCACCUUCUGCUUCUCCGGAAAGCUCUGUUUAAGAUUGUGUCUAACUAGAGGUCGUGUGUAUGUAUCUGUGCUUUUUACUCAAGAAAAUGACAAAAUCCUUGAGGAUUUUGUAAAUGAGUAUAUGAUUAGCUUUUUGUAAAUUCAUGUUAAUAUC